UCUCUAUCUCGGACUCCGAUUGGUUUCGCGAUCUUCACGAAACGGAGAGGUGGGUAUUAAGAGGAUGUGGCAUCUGGAGGAGGAAGUUUGAUGGUUAUAUGAGUUCCUUCCUUCAGCUGGGAAUGAGAGCUUGCUGUAUUCACAGAAUCAACGAGGUAGCGGUACUCUCAUGGCAUGCUGCUAGAUUCCAUUCGCAUAAUUUCAUUGUUAUCUCUGCAGAGAGAACGAUUAUUACCCCAUGGAAGGUGCGCAAGGGCCAAUCUUCGCACCUAUUAUUGCUGAGUCUGGCUCUUCUCAGUACAGUGCACGGUUUAGUGCGGAUGGGUAUGGAAGCCGUGCUUCUAAUAUAUCUAAUGCAAAGAAGAGAGGUCAUGGAAGCCGCUCUUGGAUAAAGAUUGAUCAAGAAGGAAUCUCUAAAGUUUUGGAGCUAGACAAGGCUACCAUAAUGAGACAUUGCUCUCUGCCAGCGAGGGAUCUGCGGCUUUUAGAUCCUUUGUUCAUUUAUCCUUCUACAAUUUUAGGGAGAGAGAAAGCCAUUGUGGUCAGUCUUGAGCAGAUAAGGUGUGUAAUCACAGCUGAUGAGGUUUUCCUGAUGAAUUCCUUGGAUGGAUGCGUUCUUCGGUAUGAGUCAGAAUUGUGCAGGAGUCUGCAGACGAACAAAGAUCAAACUGAUGACCUACCUUUCGAAUUUAGGGCACUGGAGCUAGCUUUGGAACACACAUGCAUGUCGCUUGAUGCUCAGGUGAAGGACUUGGAGAUGGAAAUUUAUCCAGUUUUGGAGGAAUUAAUAUCAUCUGUAAGUACUCUUAACCUAGAACAGGUCCGUAGAUUCAAGGGUCAUCUACUUGCUUUGACUCAGCGAGUUCAGAAGGUCCGAGAUGAGAUUGAACAUCUCAUGGAUGAUGAUGGCGACAUGGCCGAGAUGUACCUCACUGAGAAGAAACAAAGCUCUGAGGCGUAUACCAUAAGUGAUCAGGUCAUCCAAACGGAUGAUUCAGGUGUGGCUAGGUCGGGUUCCAAGUCAGCACCUGUUUCACCUGUAGCGUCACUCAGUGGGGGACACAAACUGAAAAGGGCUUUUAGCAGCAUCGUAAGUUCAAGCAAGCAUGGAAGCUUUCUGAGUUCAUCUAGUAGUGGUGAAAACAUUGAUCAGCUCGAGAUGUUGCUUGAGGCAUACUUUGUUGUCAGUGACAACACUCUCAGCAAACUCUUAUCGCUUAAGGAGUAUAUCGAUGACACGGAAGAUAUGAUCAAUAUCAAACUGGGCAACAUUCAGAACCAUUUAAUACAAUUUGAGUUGCUGCUAACAGCGGCCACAUUUGUUGCUACGAUAUUUGCUGUUGUGACGGGAAUCUUUGGGAUGAACUUUGCAGCUACAAUUUUUGAUUAUCCAUCUGCUUUCAAUUGGGUUCUCCUCGUGACUGGUCUAUUUUGUGCCAGCUUAUACUUCUCCUUUUUGCUUUAUUUUAGGUAUAAGAAAGUUUUCCCGUUGUAAAAUUUCCAGCGAAGCUUAAUGCAAUGCGAAUUUAUUCUGAUUUUUA